UACAGCUCCCUCCAACAGUAUGCCUGAGCAUGAAUCUGACAGAGAAUGUGUGCCUGAAAGCACGGACUGCAGCAACACAGCACUUUGUGACUCAAAAAUGAAUAACAUAUCAAGUUCAGACACUGAAACGUUAAAUGGCAUCCAUCAUUGUCCAGUAACUAGUGUUCAAGAGCCAGAAAACACUAACCAAGACCAGCCUACAAAAAAUAGCAUUACCACAUACUUAGAAAAGACUUCUGGAGGUGAGCAGAGAGUUGAAAGUGAGAUUGAAAUGGACAGUAGCAUGAGGGAUGCUCAACACAUUAGCAUACCAGAGCUUAUAGAAGUUGCUAAGUCUGUUGAGGAACAGACAGAGGUACAGGCAGACGCCAGUGAGGUUCAGAAUAGCACAGAUAUAGAAGCACAAGCUGAGUCUGAACAGGAAGAUCCAGUAGACAGGCCAGUCGGUCAGCCCAUAGCCUCUAAGAAUGAUCCAUGUGGUAGCGAAAGCAGCCCCAGCUUCUGUAAUGUUGAAAAGGGCAGGCCUGGGUCAGCAGGCCCCAUGGGGCUGCAGGUAGACUGUGCCUUUGUCCCUCCAGAGCCUGAGGAGAGUCAAGUUACAACUACCGGACCAGGUCAAGAGAGGACAGAGUCAUGUGAGGAGAAAGAGAGUGAGGGAGAUGCACAUACAGAAACUGAGAAGGAGGUAAAGGUAGAGGAAGUAAGCUCCAAAGAGAAGGAACGAAAGGGUGAGACACUAUAUGAGGAGGUGAGUGAGACAGGAGUUGCAGGAGAAGAGAUGGAGAGAGGGUGCAAAGGUGAGGAGGACAAAAACAGAGUGGCGGUUGAUGGAGGAGACAAAGGAGAGACUCCUCAGACAGGUUUGGUGGAUUCCACACCCAAAUCUGGCACCACUCCAGUUCAGGAGACAGAACAAACAGAGGAGAGAAGAGAAGAGAAGGAGGGAAUGCAGAAGGUAGAGGAGGAGAAAGGGGUUGAAACAGAGAAGGCUGAGGAAGUAGAAAGUGCACCACUUAGCUCCAAGAGAGUUGAGCAGGGUGGUACUAUUGAAAGUGAGGAAACUGAUGUUUCUGAGAUCAAAACAGAGCCAAUCUGUCAAGUCUCAGAUGUGCCAACCACAAAUGGAGGCACGCCCCCAGUCCAAGCGGACACAUACACUCUGGAUACACCGGUGGAGGAAGGAGAGAACACUCCUACUGUGGUUCAGCCAGAGGAGGAGAGAGUGGAGGAGGAAAGAAAGGAGGAAAAAAUAGAAGAGAAGAGGACGGUGGAUGAGCUUGCAUCUUCUGUUAGUGUUAAUGGCUCCUCACAGCUGGAAUCAGACAUGGAAUUUCAUCCUCAUCAGCAACCGCAAGACUCCAUUCAGGCAGGGAACCCAUCAUUGUGUCCUGUUACCGUGAUUACUUCUCUGUGUGAAAUCCACACAGAGGACCCGCCAGCAGUAAAGCUCCAGGAUCCUCUCCCUGUGCCAUCAAUGUCUGUUAGGAGCCAGCCUGCUCUCGCUGAAGCCCAUAACAUCAAUGCUGACAUCUUGAGCUCAGGAGUGCUCUGCCUACCUGGAACGCGAGACAAGUCAGGCCAUGCAGUUGUAACAGUGACAACAAGAAACACGGCUUGGCUGAACCCAAACUGCAACAGUGGCGAGCUUGUGCGGAUCAUGGUCUACUUUUACACCAUUCUUAGGAAGGAAGUGCGGGCGCUAGGUUUGACUGUUCUAGUGGACGCCCGCAGGUGCUCACCUGUCCCUGCUCUCUUCAAGGCCUUCAACAUCCUACAGGAGGCCAUGCCCGGCUGUAUCCAUGCUGUGCUCUUGUUGGCUGACAGAGAUUUGGCCUUGCGCGUGGAGAAGCCCAUCUUAAUACAGAUGGAGCUGUUAACUUCUCUAAAGUCUCUCCAUAAGCACAUAGACAUCUCUCAGCUCCCCACGGAGUUUGAUGGCACUUUUCCUUUUUCUCACGCUAGUUGGAUCUGUUUCAGGAUGAGGUUGGAGCAGUUAACCAGUCACUGUGAGGAUGCAGUGAAUCUCCUGCAAAGCACUAUCAGCAAUCUGGAGUCUGCAGUUCUGCCUCCUACUGCAGAGGAGGCGCAGGCAUUGCUGUGUAAAUAUAAGGAGCUGAUGAGGAGUGUGCUGGAGGAUAGCAGGCUGGUCCGACUGCAGCUGGAGGGUGGAGCUGCUCUUUCUCGCCUCCGUAAAGAGGAGACGAGCAUUAGCCUGACUGAAGAUUACAGAGAUGCCAUCGAGGGUGUGGGCAGUCUGUAUAAUCAGGUGGACGAGCUGGUCCACAGGCUGGUGAUGCUGUCCAACAAAUGCACUCAGGAGCUGGAGUUUGUCAUGGAGUUUAAGAGUCUUGAAGAGGGCUUCAGGGAGGUAAGCCAGUGGAUAGAUGAGGUAGGGGAAAGUCGACUACAGACCCUGGGAGAGCUGGAAGAUUCCCUGGAGCAGCUACGCAGCAAACAGACCCUCUUCAGAGACUUCUACACUGCUGCUUAUGAGCACUGUAAGAGUGGGGAAGCCCUUUUGAAGAGGUUAGAGCGAUGGGAGGACAUUUCGUCGGCCGAGCUGCAGGUGUACGAGGUCAAAGUGCGCUCCUUCUGUGUCCACCUGCAAGGCUUCUCCCAGAGAGUGGAGGACACCAAGGAGAGUAUCGACAAAACUGUCCGCCUCUAUGAGUUCUUCGACAAGGCAUACGAGUGGGCUCUGGAAGGUAUGAGGCACUUGGCUUGUGUUACUAUGGAGGACUGCAGCAUGCCCGAGAAAUGCCAGAGCGUGAUUGCCUGUCUGGAGAGCUAUCGGAGCCAGCACCCUCCCAUCCCGGACACACGCUUCCAGGAGAUGAAGGACCUGGCUGGGGAGCUGAAGAGCGAGCAGGGCCUCAAGCAGUGGAAGUUUGCCUGGUCCAAGUGUCAGGAGACUAAGCAGAUGUUUGAGAAGAAGCUGGAAGCAGCACUCCGUGCCCGCCGCACGUUGCCCAGUGAGCAGACCGAGACAAGGUCAGUUACUGGCACCCCUCGCAGACACUCAGACGGUUGUGCCAAGCCUCAGGAGCGAAGCAGCAGCUUGUCCUUCUCCUGCAGGAAGGCCUUCAGCAGCAGCUGGGCUCGUGAAAGAUUCUCCUUCCAGUCCAGCACCUCCUCCUCCACCCCCUGCAGUCCAGUUGGUAAUCGCCUGGACUCAAAAGACUCAGUCAGGACUCCCACAGGAAGUCCCUAUCACCUAGAAAACCGGAUUCCACAUAAAACUCCCCUCAGCUCCCACCGGCUAACCCGCAGCACCUCUUCGGAGGAGUCGCCUCAGAGUUCGUCCUGCUCCUACAGCCCUAGUCUUUCCUCUCUGAGCGAAACGAACCGGAGAGUUCUGCGAAAGACUCAGAGCUUUGACGCUGCAGGAAGUGAGGUGGGGUCCCGGUACGGGACGUGCCAGCGAACACUAAGCGAGCCAGCCCGCAGGGGCAACACGGGGGUCUUCAUCAAGGGCCUGGAGGUUAGCAGUACUGAGGUGGCUGACCGGCCCUAUAGUCCACGGCUGACCCCAGCUCAUGGCUGGGUGUCAGUGGAUACGCACCGCGCUGGGAGCCCCGUCCUGGAACCACGUGCCAAGGGCAGUAAAUUACGGCACAUCGUGGACGAGAUGGUGACAACGGAGCGCGAGUAUGUGCGCUCCCUCCGCUACAUCAUCGAUCACUACUUUCCUGAGAUGGAGCGACCCGACCUGCCUCAGGACCUGCGGGGCAAGCGCAGCGUCAUCUUCGGCAACCUGGAGAAGCUGGUGGACUUCCACAGCCAGUAUUUCCUCAAGGAGCUGGAGAGCUGCUGUAACCACCCAUUGCGCGUCAGCCACUGCUUCCUGCGCCAUCAAGACCAGUUUGGAUUGUACGCCCUAUACAGCAAGAAUAAGCCCAAGUCUGAUGCACUGCUGGCCAGCCAUGGCAACAGCUUCUUUAGGCAUAAGCAGCUGGAGCUGGAGGAUAAGAUGGACCUGGCCUCUUACCUACUGAAGCCCAUUCAGAGGAUGAGUAAAUACGCUCUGCUCCUCAAGGACCUGAUUAAGGAGGUGAGUGAGGCUCAGGAGCAGGAGCUUUCCUACCUGCGUGCUGCUGCCGAAAUGGUCAAGUUCCAGCUCCGCCACGGCAACGACCUGCUCGCCAUGGAUGCCAUCCGUGACUGCGAUGUGAAUCUGAAGGAACAGGGGCAGUUGGUGCGGCAGGAUGAGUUCACCAUCUGGUACGGAAGGAAGAAAUGCCAGAGACACGUAUUUCUGUUUGAGGACCUGGUGCUGUUUAGCAAACCCAAACGCAUCGAGGGAGGCCUUGACGUGUACAUAUACAAACACUCAUUUAAGACUGCAGAUGUGGGGAUGACCGAGACCUCAGGUGAAAGUGGGCUGCGCUUCGAGGUCUGGUUCCGCAGGAGAACAUCAAAAAACCAAACCUACAUCCUCCAGGCUGCUACGGCCGAAGUCAAACAAGCCUGGACCUCAGACAUCGCCCGUAUACUGUGGCAACAGGCCACACGGAACAAAGAGAUCCGUAUGCAGGAGAUGGUGUCCAUGGGAGUGGGCAAUAAGCCCUUUCUGGAUAUCAAACCCAGCGAUGCUGCCAUCAAUGAUCGGGCCAUUGAUUACAUCAUGAAGGGAAGAGGAGCCAGGACGAGGGCUUCCAUUGCCGUCUCCCUGUUUGAUCACUCCAAUCCGUUUAAAAGAGCUCCUGUCAGCGCGCCUGUAAGUGGCCCCCCAGUGGCAAGUGGGCCUUCCUCUUCCACGCUGCUGGGGCCCCUGAACCUCCACAUGUACAGCAGUCAGACACUGCUGCCAGGGGACAGACCCCUCAUCAGUCCCUGCAUCGAGGAGGACGAGCUGGAGCACGAGACCAGCAGUCAGCCCUCUAUGACUACUGAGAGCUCAGGAUCUUCCUCACACUGUCUGUCGGGCAGUGGCUCAAGUGGUUCAGAUAGCGGCUGUGUGUCCAGUCACCUCCCUGAGGCUCUAUCUGAGGAGCCCAGCUCUCCUUGUGACACCUCCUGCUACUCCUCCAUUGCCUCCCCCUCCGAUCUCAAACCACACUUUAACAGCCAGUACAUUUCAGCGAAAGGUGCUCAGGUUAUAGGCCCAUCCACUAUAGUGUGAGCGCUCGCUGUAACCACUGCUGCCGUUUAAAGUCCAGCUGCUCCCUUAAGAGAAGACAAUGUUACCACAUGCAGAAGAGGACUCAAGCCAGUAUUUAUUUUUCCUCUGAAACACCAGCAAAUCUCAUCUUGUGGACUUUGGAAAGGGCUGGAAAAUAGCACUGUUAAAAAAAAAGCCACUUGUGAGCAUAGCUUAUAUAGUUUUUGUUUUAUUGUUUUUAAGGAAGUUGAUUUAAAUAUUCUUGUAUUUAUCUUUUCAAAAGUCCUGGUACAGUAGUUUUCUAUACUCUUACAGCUGUAAAUAACUCGUUUUAGUUUAUAAUGCAGUUAUGAACUGUUUGUUUUUUCUUCUCUCUCGUUUGUCUGUUGGCUAUUUACUUUGCUGUGGACUGCAAACAAGUUGGCUCAAAAAUACCUUGGUACCAGAAGGUAUAGCUAGAACCUGUGGCUAUGAGUAGCACUCUGCUCCUCGAAAGGUUCAAAAGCAGUCUGCUUUCCUUUUCUCUUACACCAGCAUUCUGUUAUAAUGACUGUGUACUGUUUAGUCGUUAUUCGUUUAUUAUUAUUGAUAUCCUUGAAGCUGACCUGUGGCCAGUAUUUUUAGUUUGAAUGCUGUUUGCUACUUUCUGUGGUCACCUCCACCUUUGAUAGUCAGGCCUGUUCCUACAGUGUUCCUGUAGAGUCAGCAGUUUGAAGAACUGAGGGAAAUUUCCACUGACCUCAGGUCAGUCAUGCCUUGUCGUGCUGCUGGGCCCUGUUUGAAGAAGGAGAGGCAGGAGUUUUCAUUUCAGUUGUCUUGUUUGUGUUUCAGAUAUAACAGCAAUAACAGACAAAUAAAAAAAUGUACAUUGCCUGUAAAUACUUGCACCAGUGGUGCUUUGAGUACAUAGCAAGUAGGAGGGUAAGGACUGUGAUAACUUUGUACAUGCAUUAUGCAUUAGUCAGCCAGCCAGGGAAUCACUAAAGUGCCAUUCUCAUCAUCGCUAAAAAAACAAUUCAGACUUCAAAAAGAAGAAAGACUAAAAAAAAAAAAGGGAUAGAUGUUGGAUUUCC